UUGCAGUAAAUUAAACGUGCUUGUAUGGGCACUAAUUCUGCUCCAUACAUUUAAAUAAAAUUAAAGGCGUGGGCGAUAAACCCGCACCACCCUUUUAAAUAAAUACUGUUGUAUGGGUAAUAAACCUACACCAUACAGUAAAUAAAAUAAAUGUGCGGUAAAGUAAAUUCAUAAAGUAAAUUUCAUAAAGUAAAGUGUUAGGAUUAGUAACGGUUUCCCACUGAUAAUAUGUUUAGUAUUACCGAGGGUCCAUUUUUGUUAAUGGUUAGUAAAAGAAAAGCAGAUAAAUAUAAUAGGAAAUAAUAGAGAAGAUAAGGGAGCAGAAAACUUAUCGCUUAUUCUUUCACUUAUGCCCUUGCUGAGUGAUCCCCUUUUUUUUUUUUAAUCUUAUUUUAUUUUAUUUAAUUAGUUUUUCUUUCGUUCGGUGGGUUUGCUUUUCUUUGUCGGUGGGAAUCUUAUCAUUGUGGCCGUCAUCAUUCCUUCCAUUAUUUUUGUCUUCAUCCUCACUGUCGAUGACAGCCUCUGCUCCCUGUCUUGCAAGGGAUUUCAACCAAAGUCGGGGCCAAGACAGAUAAUGUAAGAAGGAAGAUUGAGGAUCUUUUUCUUUUUGUGAAUUUUGGGACCCCAAAAUUCAAUUCAUCGUCCUCACAGAGAGAGAGAGAGAGAGAGAGAGAGGGACCGUCUCUCUAACUCUAUUAGCUCACUAGAUUACUGGCUCAUUAUCCUGUGCCGCUGACAGCAUCAAACCCCAGUUUGACCCAGAUUGUCGGCAUAUAGAAUUAUACCAUAAAACGCCACCUUCUCCAAUCACCAUCUCAUCUUUUCCUUUCAUAUUCCCUGCUUGGUCGUAGGCAGCUGUGCGAGAGGCAAGACCAUCAAGACCUUGACACCAUGGCUCAUCGUUGGAACCAGCUAGGGGCACCAGACCCUUGUCGACUUUGAUCCCAGGGGCGAUGCCUUGCUCAACGAGCACAUCAACGAUCUUCUUACCAUCGAUGGUGGACGUACUGGCCAAGGGCAGGGGCUGACACAAGGAGCGCUUGCCACAGGUUGCAUCAGUUUGGAGUCUGGGCUGGUGCUUUUGAUCCUGGUCAGACUGCUUUGCACUUUUUUUUUUUUUUUUUUCGGUAGAAUUCCCCUCAAAACUGGUUGUUGUUUCAGUUGAAAACUUGAGAGCAAAAUGAAAAAGGCAAAUAAUAAAGGAUAUGUAGAUAUGGAGGAGGAGGCGCGCUUAAAUUUGGUUCUUCGUUUUUCCUGUUUGGCAACUUGCUUCUGAUAGAUAAAAGGUUUGGAAUUGCUGGGUGAGAUUGAAGCUCAACGGUUGCUCUGGACAUGCUCGCAAACUGUUUGCUAAAUUGCUUGACAGAUAUAUGAGAGCUGAAGAAAUGAAGUUGGGUUUUGUGGUGUGGUUUGAUUUUCAUCAGAGAAUUCAGCUGAUUGUUUGAGCGAAUUCGUGCUGAUAACGUGUUAUAAAUCAAGGGAGAAGUUUGGAGAGAAUUGAGAGAGAGAAAGAGGAGGAGAAACUGAUUUUUCUUCUCAUUCAGAUGUGUGUAUUACAAGUAGGGGGGAUGCCUUACUUAUAGGCAAACAUCUCCCAAAUGAGGUGGGCUCCACUAUAAUUGUUUACAACAUUAUUGUUAUUUUAAAGAUAUGAUUUUUUAAUCUUUUUUUUUGUUUUAAUAUAAAAAUACUAUUUUGCCCCUACAUUUAAUGGAAAAAGUUGACAAAAUUGACGGCAAUACCAUUUGUCCUAACAAAAAUGAAGUUAAAUGACCAGAUUUUAAAAAUUGAGAGACUCAAAUACAAAUCGAAAACGAUUUUAGAAAUUGAGAAACUUAUAUGCAAAUUGGGUCUAAGUUUAUAGACUAAUAAAACGAUAUAAAUCAAAAAAAUUAAAAAAAGAAAAGGGAAGAAGCGGCAGUGCUGUUGUGGUUUUGUGAGUUGUUAAUUUCUUGUGCGGGAAGUGGAAGUGGGAAUGGGAAAGGGGAGUAGCAGGCGGGUGAGGGCGUUCAAGCGGUGGAUGAAGCGGGAAGGAAUCGAAUGCAGCGACGCCCUGGACUUGAGGGACGAAGGAGUCGAAAUCGGAAUCAGCGUGAGCGCCCUAGCCCACCUCAAGGAAGGGGACGUGGUGGCCAGAAUACCAAAGCUCACGUGCCUCACCACAAGAACCACCGCCGCACGUGACAUUAUCUCCGCCGCCGCCGCCGGUGAGGGCGAGGAGGAGUCUUGUUUAGGAGGGUUAGCAGGGCUGGCGGUGGCGCUGAUGUACGAGAGGAGCUUGGGAGAGCGUUCACGGUGGGCCCCAUACCUUGAGUUGUUGAACAAAGAAGAAGAGUCGUUGCCUUUGGUUUGGAGCGCCGACGAGGUUGAGCAGCUGCUGGCAGGGACAGAGCUGGAGGGAACGGUCAAGGAAGACAAAGGAGUUAUGUGGAAGGAGUGGAUGGAGAGCAUUGAGCCCACGUUACUACUGCAAAUGCAUCCUUUGGAUGCUGCCGCCGUUGAAUUCGACCCGAGCUUCUUCGGAUUCGGAGACUACUUGGCGGCAAGGACGCUGAUAUCUUCUCGCUCUUUUCAGAUUGAUGAAUUCCACGGAGUAGGAAUGGUUCCUUUGGCUGACCUGUUUAAUCAUAAAACGGGAGCUGAGGAUGUGCACUUAAUGACCUCUCCUCACAAAAGUGAAUCCAACACCACCCAAGAAAACAAUGAAUCUGAUACUACUAGUACUAGUAUUAGUGCCAUUCAUGAUGAUGAUAUGUCUGCUUCUAUUACUGUUGACGAGGGUGAGGGUGACGAUAGUGGAGGUGAGGGUGACAAUGGUGAUCGUGACAAUAGUGAGGGUGGUGAUGAUGAUGACAGUGAUGAUUAUGGUGACGGUGACAGUGAUGAUUAUGGUGAUGGUGAUGGUGAUGGUGAUGACAGUGAUGGUGAUGAUUUGGAAAUGACUAUGGUGAAAGAUGUCAAACUGGGAGCUGAGGUCUUUAAUACAUACGGGUCAUUGGGUAAUGCUGCACUGCUUCACAGAUAUGGAUUUACAGAGCCAGAUAAUCCGUAUGACAUUGUCAAUAUCGACUUGGAACUGAUACUCCAGUGGAGUUCAUCCUUGUUUUCUGGCCAGCAUCGUAGAGCAAGGCUAUCCCUCUGGAAAAGAUUGGAUUACUCUGGAUGUGUCACCCACAACUCUGAAUAUUUUGAGGUUUCAUUUAAUGGAGAACCUGAAAUUGAGAUGUUGGUUUUAUUGUACAUAAUGUUGUUACCACAUGAUGCAUAUUAUAAGAUGGAUCUUGCUCUAGCAACUGCAGGAAGUUCCAGUAAACCCAUGGACAUCAUUUUUUCCGAUAAAAGCGAAAAAUUGUGCCACAAAACUGGACUAUUGAGUGAGGACCUGUUGCUGACAAAAUCUCUUUGUAAUGCUCUUUUGUCCCUUGCAGAUAUGCGGGACAGCCUUUAUGGCACAAAUUCAAUAGAAGAUGAUAUAGAAGCAUUGGGCAGGUGUUGUUGCUUAAGUGACAAAAAGUUGUACCAUUCUUUGAUGCUUCGUAUCAGUGAGAGGAGGAUCCUUCAGAAGCUUAAAAUGUAUGCUGCUAAAGAAACCUCUGUAAGGAAGAAGUUGAAAAGAAAAUGAGUUUAGGACACUUGCUAAAUUAUCAUCCAUGGCUUUUCUUUUUCCACUGCCUGUUUUCAUGCACUGGCUAUGACUUCCUCACCUGGUGAAGGUAUGCAAGCCACAAGAGAGAUUCUUUUUGUUGAGAUUGUGACCAUAGAGAUCAUUGUGAAGCAACUUGGCAGCAUGUAGGCAUUAUUUAGAGAGAUUCUUUUUGUUAAGAUUGUGACCAUAGAUACCAUUAUGAAGCAACUUGGCAGCAUGUAGGCAUUGUUUGCCUUUAUAGCUGAUGAGAAUAGCGUUUUUGCAUGUCCAGCAGGACAUUCUGCAUUUUCCUAAAUUACUUUUGCUGCUAGGAAACCCUAGACGAAUUCGGUUUCUGGCAUUGUGGUAGACCAUUUUUCAAUCUCCAUCACGGUGAAUGCCUCACAGGAUAACCUUUCAUGAUAAAGAUUUGUCUGAGAGUUUGCAUUUGAUUUUGCUAUUGUUAAUUUUAUUAGUACAAAUUGUUUUCAGUUCUUAUA